UUCACAAGAAGAAGAAAAACUCAUCUCAUCUUAAAUUAACUUAAUCUAUUUGAUUCAUUCAUUCAAAAUUCAGAUGGCACCUCCUUCAACAGAAUCUAAUCAACCACUUGCUAAUGGUAAAGAAAAACAUGUUGUUAAACAAGAAGAAGAAAAAGAAGAUAACGAUGCUCUUGAAUUUUGCACACAACUAACAGGUUCAAUUGUUGUUCCAUUGGCUUUGAGGUCUGCUAUUGAUCUUGGGAUCUUUGACAUCCUAUCCAAAGCUGGUAAUGGUGCACAACUCUCUGCAGAUGAUAUUGCUGUUAAGAUUGGAACCAAAAACCCAGAAGCAGCAACAAUGUUAGAUCGUCUUCUUAGGUUGUUGGCAAGUCACUCUAUUCUAAACUCCUAUGUUCCUCAACAUCCUCAAACCCUUGAGAGAUUCUACAGCCUCUCAAACCACUCCAAAUAUUUUGUGACUGAUGCUGAUGGUGUCUCUUUGGGACCCACUUUGGCAUUACUUCUAGACAACGUCUUCUACCAAAGCUGGUCGGAGUUAAAAGGAGCGAUCAUGGAAGGAGGAAUAGCGUUCAAUAGGGUUUAUGGAAUGCAUGCGUUUGAGUAUCCACGUGUGGACCCAAGGUUCAAUGAUGUUUUCAACAAAGCUAUGGUUAAUUCAACAACUAUAAACAUGAAGAGGAUUAUUGAUUGUUAUCAAGGUUUUGACCACAUAACUAAGCUAGUUGAUGUUGGUGGUGGUCUUGGAAUUAACCUCAAAUUAAUCACAUCCAAAUAUUCACAUAUUCAGGGAAUUAAUUUUGACUUGCCUCAUGUACUACAACAUGCCCCUGUCUACCCAGGUGUGGAACAUGUGGGGGGAGAUAUGUUUGAGAGCGUUCCUGCUGGGGAUGCCAUUUUUAUGAAGUGGAUACUUCACGAUUGGAGUGAUGAACAUUGCUUGAAGCUGUUGAAAAAUUGUUACAAAGCUAUUCCUGAGGAUGGAAAGGUUAUUGUGGUGGACACAAUCCUUCCUGUUAUGCCAGAGACAACAGCCAAUGCAAAGACUGCUUGCAUGUCUGAUGUUUUAAUGAUGACUCAAAAUCCAGGAGGAAAAGAGCGAACUGAGCAUGAAUUCAAGGAAUUGGCUAAAGGAUCUGGAUUUAGUGCCAUCAAACCUAUAUGCUGUGUAUCUGGAUUGUGGGUUAUGGAGUUCUUUAAAUAGCUUGCUAGCCACGUCUUUGGCUCAACUUUGGGUGUCUAAACAAAUGUUUACAUAUAUACUUUGUGCAUUAAGAAUGAAUGUUUUUUUUCUUACUGAUUCUAAUUAAGGGAAUAAGGAGGUGUAUGAUGUUUUGAAAAUAAUAUGAGUUUAUGAUUUCGCAACUA